AUGAUGGAGAAUUCUCAGCCACUGUCGUUGUCGUCACUCCCAGACGAAAUCCUAGAGAACUGCCUCGCACGUAUCUCCAAGUGGAAGUACCCUUUACUCUCUCUCGUCUCCAAGAGAUUCCACUCUCUCCUCUCUUCACCCCAAAUCUUCACGACGCGAUCUCACGUCGGAACCACAGAGCCAUGCCUCUAUAUCUCCGUAGACUCGAUUGACGACGACCCAUCUCCCAAGUGGUACGCUCUUUGGAUGAAACCUGAUGAUGAAAUCCUAACAGACAAGAAAAUUCCCUCUUCUCUUCCACAUGAAUAUUCUUUGAUUCCGCUACACUCUUCUUCCCCUUCUCUUCCCGUACCACAUUACUCCACCGUAGCCGUAGGUUCGGAUAUAUUCGUAAUCGGUGGAGUCACUGCUCCGUCAUCCUCUGUUCGGAUCCUUGAUUGUCGGAGUCACACGUGGCGUGACGCCCCCAGCAUGACGGUAGCUCGCCAGAACGCAAUAUCGGUUCUUCUCGAAGAGAAGAUAUAUGUCAUGGGAGGUUGGGGAACUUACCAUCCUGGGCCUGGCUAUUGGUUUGAGGUUUUCGACGUAAAGACUCAGACUUGGAGCGUCUUGCCAAGCCCUCUUGAUGAUCAUGAAGGGUUUUGGGGACGCAUUGCGGUCAAUGCUUUCCAAGGAAAGCUUUACGUAGAGGCCUAUACAGAGGAAUACACUUACGAGCCCAAAGGUGGUACAUGGGAAGUUCUAAGAGAAGUAUCAUAUCGUAUGGAGGAUAAGUGUGUGAUAGAGAAUGUAAUGUACGGUUGCACUUACUUGGGGGAUUUUAUGUGGUUUGACUAUGAAGGUAGAGUGUGGAGAUUUAUCAAAGGUUUGACAAAUUUGUGUAAAGGAUGGGAGUCUUGUAAUAGACGUAGGAAAGUGCUUAGAAUAGUUAACUAUGGUGGGAAACUUGUUGUUGUGUUUAUGCAAUGGUCUGAUGAAGACAACAAAAACAACAAGGAAGUUGAAAUUCGGUGCGCUAAGAUUGCGUUGGAGAAACGCUUUGAAGGUGAGAUUUGGGGUAAGACUGAGUGGCUUAAUACUUUACUUAGGGUCCCCCGGUGGUAUAAUCGUUGCUUAAGUUGUGUAGCCGUUGUUUCGAUUUGA